AUGGGCUACGACUACGCGCUGGUGCACGUCAAGUACACCAUCCCUUUGGCUGCACUGCUCACCGUCUUCUCAUAUCCCGUCUUCACGCGCCUGGAUGUCGUGAGGACCCUUUUUAUUGUCACAAUCGCUUUUGUCGCCACAAUCCCCUGGGACUCAUACCUUAUUCGAACCAACGUCUGGACUUACCCUCCUGACGCAGUCCUGGGCCCGACCCUUUAUGACAUCCCUGCCGAGGAGCUCUUCUUCUUCAUCAUUCAGACCUACAUCACCGCCCAGCUCUACAUCAUCCUCAACAAACCCGUACUCCAUGCGCAGUACCUUAAUUCGCCUGCGACCCUACCGCAAUGGAUCAAGAGCGGAAAGCUCGUCGGCCAGCUUGCUCUUUCCGGCAGCGUCCUUCUGGGCACCUGGCUCAUCGCCAAGAAGGGUGAGGGUACUUACCUAGGCCUGAUCUUGGUCUGGGCAUGCACCUUUGCCCUCUUUACCUGGACAAUCACCGCCCAUUUUCUCCUGGCUUUGCCGUUGGCAUGCACCGCCCUGCCCAUCCUCUUGCCCACAGUGUACCUCUGGAUCGUCGACGAGAUGGCUCUAGGCCGCGGCACCUGGGCCAUUGAGAGUGGCACAAAGCUGGAGCUCCAACUCUUUGGUAGUCUCGAAAUCGAGGAGGCCACCUUCUUCCUGGUCACCAACAUGCUCAUUGUCUUCGGCAUUGCUGCCUUUGACAAGGCCGUUGCUGUCUGUGAUGCUUUCCCCGAAAAGUUUGACAAGCCGGCCGAUGCUUUGGCCAUGUCGUUGCUGCGUGCCCGCGUCUUUCCCUCCUCAAAGUACGACAUGCAGCGCAUCUUGGGCAUCCGCCAAGCUGCGGCCAGAUUGGCCAAAAAGAGCCGCAGCUUCCACCUCGCCAGUUCCGUUUUCCCUGGUCGUCUACGUAUUGAUUUGACCCUUCUUUAUUCCUAUUGUCGCCUGGCAGACGACCUCGUAGACGAUGCGGCAACCCCGGAAGAGGCAGCCGUCUGGAUCUCCAAGCUUGACCGUCACCUCAGCCUCCUCUACAAAGACCCCGACGCGACAUCGACGCCCCUUGCCUCCAAGUACGCUGCCGAGAACUUCCCCCCGUCUGCUCUCUCAGCACUAGACAUGCUCCCGACCUCCCUCCUCCCGCGCGAGCCCCUGGCUGAGCUCCUCAAGGGCUUCGAAAUGGAUCUUAGCUUCAGUAACUCUGCCUUCCCUAUCGCCGACCCCGAGGACCUCGAGCUCUACGCCGCCCGCGUCGCCAGCACCGUCGGCCAGGCCUGCCUCGAGCUUGUCUUCUGCCAUUGCCAACACGGCCUGCCUGAUUACAUGAAGGCUUACCUCCGCAACACGGCGCGCCAGAUGGGUCUCGCUCUGCAGUUCGUCAACAUCUCUCGCGAUAUCGCCGUAGACGCAAAGAUCGGUCGCGUCUACCUCCCCACCACGUGGCUCAAGGAGGAGGGUCUGACGCCGGAGGAUGUCCUCAAGAGCCCCAAUAGCGAGGGUGUCGGAAAGGUGCGCCGCAGAAUCCUUGCAAAGGCCUUGGACCACUACGGCGAGGCCAGAGACUCGAUGAAGUGGAUUCCGUCAGAGGCGCGCGGCCCCAUGAUUGUUGCCGUUGAGAGCUACAUGGAGAUCGGCCGGGUCCUGAUGCGUAACGGCGGCUCCGCGGCGGCGGACGGUAGUGGACGGGCUACGGUUCCCAAGUCAAGACGUAUUUGGGUCGCUUGGAGCACGUUGAUGGCCGCUUAG